UCUUGAGACAGAUAGCAGUGGGCUUUGUCUCUGAACGGUGCCAGUGCCGGGGUCACGUCUGGCACUCAGUAGGCACUUCAUGGCAGGCUAUGGACUGCAUGCCUGCCAGUCCCGCCAUGGGAGGGCACCAUCUCCUCUGGGCAAGUGAGCAGCCGGCCCCUGCACCUCUGCCCACCAAAGCCAGGAGAGGGCAGCAGUGCCCUGCCCUGAGCCGUUGGGCAAAGGGGCGGGCAUGGAGGGGCUGGACUGCCCAGGCUGGGCCACCGGGAUGAGGCGGGUUGGGCGCGAUUGCAUUGUGGGGAGGGAGGCCGGGACUCAUUCCUGGCACUGCCAGCUGUUCCUCGGCCCCGGCCAGGAGCCCCACCCAGGACAAUGCCCCCUACAGCCAUCCUGUGUCCGUCACCACUGCCCCGGGGCAGCUGAACCCAGGAGGUGUCUGCCACGCCACCCAGGAGAUGCCUCUGCUGCUGCCGUCCGCCGGGGGCCCCGAGAUGGCACCCCGGCAUCUGCCGGGUGCCCGCCUGCUGUUCAUUUUGCCACUGCUGUGCCCGCCACCCACCCCAACCGGGGCGCACCACUUCUCAGCACCCAACACCACCCUCCACCACUUGGCGCUGGCACCGGGCCAGGGGGCGCUCUACGUGGGUGCGGUGAAUCGCCUCUUCCAACUUAGCCCUGAGCUGCAGCUGGAGUCAGUGGCCAUCACGGGUCCCGUCCUCGACAGCCCUGACUGCGUGCCCUUCCGGGACCCAGCCGAGUGCCCGCAGGCCCGGCUCACGGACAACACCAACCAGCUGCUGCUGGUCAGCGGGCGGGCCCGGGAGCUGGUGGCCUGCGGGCAGGUGCGGCAGGGUGUGUGCGAGAAGCGCCGGCUGGAGGAUGUGGCAGAACUCCUCUACCGGGCUGAGGACCCAGGCGACGGGCAGUUCGUGGCCGCCAACACCCUGGGGGUGCCCACGGUGGGCCUGGUGGUGUCUGGACCCGACCGGGACCUCCUGCUGGUGGCCCGGGGCCUGGCAGGCAAGCUAUCGGCGGGGGUGCCACCCCUGACGGUGCGCCAGCUGGCCGGGCCACAGCCCUUCUCCAGCGAGGGCCUGGGCCGCCUGGUGGUGGGUGACCUCUCCGACUACAACAACAGCUAUGUGGCGGCCCUCGCCGACGCCCAGUCGGCCUACUUUGUCUUUCGGCGCCGCGGGGACCGGGCGCAGGCCGAGUAUCGCUCGUAUGUGGCCCGGGUCUGCCUGAGGGAUGCCAACCUCUACUCCUACGUGGAAGUGCCCCUCAGCUGCCGGGGCCACGGGCUCAUACAGGCCGCUGCCCUUGCCCCAGGAGCCUUACUGGGGGCCUUUGCCGCCGGCCUGAGGGGCGUGCAGGCGGCCCUGUGCGCCUUUCCCCUGGCCGAGCUGGAUGCCAGCAUGGAGCGGGCCCGGCGCCUCUGCUACACGGCGGGCGGCCGGGGCCCCAGCGGCACCGAGGAAGCCACCGUGGAAUAUGGCGUCACAUCGCGCUGUGUCACCCUGCCGCCCGACUCCCCAGAGUCAUACCCCUGUGGCGAUGAGCACACGCCCAGCCCCAUCGCAGGCCGCCAGCCCGUGGAGGCAGGACCUCUGCUGCAGCUCAAAUACUCCAUCAGUGCUGUCGCGGCCCUCCAGGCGGACGGACACACGAUCGCCUUCCUGGGGGAUGUCCGGGGCCAGCUGCACAAGGUCUUUCUCAAUGGCACUCAAGGCCAGGUGUACCACUCACAGCAAGUGGGGACCCCAGGCUCGGCCAUCAGCCCCGACCUGCUCGUGGACAGCAGCGGCAGCCACCUCUACGUGCUGACGUCCCAGCAGGUGGCCCGGGUACCCGUGGCAGCCUGCCCACAGCUCCCGGACUGCAGCAGCUGCCUCCAGGCCCAGGACCCUCUGUGUGGCUGGUGCGUCCUGCAGGGCAGGUGUACCCGCAAGAGCCAAUGCAGGCGGGCAACCCAGCCCAACCAGUGGCUGUGGACGUACGCGGACGGCCUCUGUCUGCACAUUGAGAGCGUGCUACCAGCCCAACACCCCCGCCAGGAGCAGGGCCAGGUCACCUUGUCGAUACCCCGGCUGCCCACCCUGGCCAUGGACGAAUACUUCCAUUGUGCCUUUGGCAACUAUGACAGCUUGGCUCAUGUGGAAGGGCCCCAGGUGGCCUGCGUCACUCCUCCCCAGGACCAGCUGCCACUGAACCCUCCAGGCACAGACCACAUCACCUUGCCCCUGGCCCUGAUGUUCGAGGACGUGCCCGUGGCUGCCACCAACUUCUCCUUCUAUGACUGCAGUGCAGUCACAGCCCUGGAGGCAGCUGCCCCGUGCCGUGCUUGUGUGGGCAGCCUCUGGCGCUGCCACUGGUGCCCCCAGAGCAGCCACUGUGUGUAUGGAGAACACUGUCCAGAGGGCGAGAGGACCAUCUACAGCACCCAAGAGGCGGACAUCCAGGUGCGUGGCCCGGGGGCUUGUCCUCGGGUCGAGGGCUUGGUGGGCCCCCUCCUGGUGCCAGUGGGCUGGGAGAGCCGUUUGGCCCUCCGCGUGCAGAACCUUCAGCAUUUCCAGGGCUUGCCUGCCUCCUACCACUGCUGGCUGGAGCUGCCCGGACAACUGCAGAGGCUGCCAGCAUCCCUGGAGGAGGUGUCUGGGGACUCAGGCCUCAUUCACUGCCAGGCCCAGCAGUUCCAGCCCUCCAUGGUCCAGCGGGAGCUCCCGGUGCCCAUCUACGUCACCCGUGGCGAGGGCCAGCGGCUGGACAAUGCCCACAGUCUUCAUGUGACCCUGUACGACUGCGCUGUGGGCCACCCUGACUGCAGUCACUGCCAGGCAGCCAAUGGGAGUCUGGGCUGCCUGUGGUGCAGCCACGGCCAGCCUGCCUGUCGCUAUGGGCCGCUAUGCCCACCUGGAGCCGUGGAGACGCUGUGUCCCACACCCAGGAUCGAGACUGUUGAGCCCCUGACUGGCCCCCCUGAGGGCGGAUUGGUUCUCACCAUCCAGGGCUCCAACCUGGGCCGGGACUUCGCCGACGUGCAGGACGCUGUGAGCGUGGCUGGCCGGCCCUGCAGGCCUGAGCCAUCUCUCUACCGCAUCUCGACCCGGAUCGUGUGUGUCACAUCGCCUGCCCCCAACCGCACCAUGGGGCCAAUCCAAGUGGCCAUCAAAGGGCGGCCCCCAGGCAUCUCAACCCAGUACUUCACCUACCAGGACCCUGUCCUGCUGAGCCUGAGUCCCCAGAGGGGCCCCCAGGCAGGGGGAACCCAGCUCACCAUCCACGGACAGCGCCUCCAGACAGGAGGCAACAUCAGCGCCUUUGUGGGCAGCCAGCCCUGCCCUAUCCAAGAGCCGGUGUGUCCUGAGGCCAUCGUGUGCCACACCAUGCCCCAGGCUAGCCCAGGAGAUGCAGUGGUCCGAGUGGUCUUCGGCCAGGCCCAGCGCUUGCUGCUCGCCAGCCCCUUCCACUACACUGCCAACCCCCAGCUCGUCGCAGCCGAGCCCAGUGUCAGCUUCCGGGGGGGCGGGCGGCUGAUCCGAGUUAGGGGCACGGGCCUGGACGUGGUACAGCAGCCCCUGCUGUCCGUGUGGCUGGAGACCUCGGAGGGGACCGCUGUGAAGCUGCAGUCCCAGGACCGGACCCCUAGGAGCGGCUGCGAGGCUCCAGCUGCGGCCCCCCAGGCCUGUACCCAGCUGGAGCGGGGCUGGCUGCAGUGCUCCAGCGUGUGCUCCAUCAACUCAUCCACCCUCCUCCUCUGCCGGAGCCCCGCGGUGCCUGACACGGCGAGCCCCCGGCGGGUCUUCUUCAGCCUGGAUAACGUACAUGUGGACUUUGCCAGCGCCAGUGGGGGCCAGGACUUCCUGUACCAGCCCAACCCUCGGCUGGCCCCCCUCCAUCAUGAGGGGGGGCCCACCCGCCCCUACCGCCUCAAGCCAGGCCACAUCCUGGAUGUGGAGGGCGAGGGCCUCAACCUGGCCAUCAGCAAGGAGGAAGUCCGCGUGCACAUUGGCGACGGCGAGUGCCUGGUGAAGACGCUGACACUCACACACCUGUACUGUGAGCCACCCCCGCGGGUCCCACAGCCCAGCAAUGGCUCGGGCACCCUGCUGCAGUUUGUGGUGCAAAUGGGCAACGUGCACCUGGCGCUGGGCCCGGUCCAGUAUGAGGUGGAACCCGUGCUGUCUGCCUUCCCCGUGGAGGCCCAAGUGGGCCUGGGCGUGGGCGCAGCCCUGCUGAUCACUGCCGUGCUCCUCCUGACCCUCAUGUACAGGCACAAGAGCAAACAAGCCCUGCGGGACUACCAGAAGGUUCUGGUGCAGCUGGAGAACCUGGAGAUCGGCGUAGGUGACCAGUGCCGCAAGGAGUUCACAGACCUGAUGACAGAGAUGACUGACCUCAGCAGCGACCUGGAGGCCAGCGGGAUCCCCUUUGUGGACUACCGCACCUACGCCGAGCGGGUUCUCUUCCCCGGGCGCAGUGGUGGCACCCUGCAGCCAGCCGUCGAGGGGCCGGGUGAAGAGGGUCGCCGCGCACCCAUGCACCAGGGCCUCAUGCAGCUCUCCAACCUGCUCAACAGCAAGCUCUUCCUCCUGACCCUCAUCCACACCCUGGAGGGGCAACCCAGCUUCUCUCAGCGGGACCGCUGCCACGUGGCCUCGCUGCUGUCCCUGGCACUGCACAGCAAGCUCGAGUACCUGACCGAGAUCAUGAGGACGCUGCUCAGUGACCUAGCUUCCCAUUACGUGCACAAGAACCCCAAGCUCAUGCUGCGCAGGACAGAGACCAUGGCAGAGAAGCUGCUCACCAACUGGGUGUCCAUAUGCCUGUACGCCUUCCUGAGGGAAGUGGCUGGUGAACCAAUGUACAUGCUCCUCCGGGCCAUCCAGUACCAGGUGGACAAGGGCCCCGUGGACGCAGUGACAGGCAAGGCAAAACGGACCCUGAACGACAGCCGCCUGCUGCGGGAGGAUGUGGAAUUCCGGGCCCUGACGCUGAUGGUGCUGGCCAGCCCGGGGCCAGGCGGGCCAUCAAGGAGCAACACAGCACUGCACAUCCCCACCCGGGUGCUCGACACAGACACAAUCACUCAGGUCAAGGAGAAGGUGUUGGAUCAGAUCUACAAGGGCACCCCGUUCUCCCAGAGGCCCUCGGCACACACCCUGGAUCUCGAGUGGCGCUCAGGCCUGGCGGGUCACCUCACCCUGUCAGAUGAGGAUGUGACAUCGGUGACUCAGAACCGCUGGAAGAGACUCAACACCCUGCAACACUACAAGGUCCCAGACGGAGCCACGGUGAGGCUCAUCCCCCAGCUGCACAACAGAGGAGGCAUCAUCUCCCAGAGCCUGGCCCCCAGCUGCCCAUCGGGGGAGAACACCCCCAUGCUGGAGGAUAGCGAGGAGGGUGGGGUCCGUCUGUGGCACCUGGUGAAAGCCCCUGAGGAGCCCGAGGCAGCCAAGGCGCGGCGGAGCAGCCUGAGGGACCGGGACCGGGAGCGGGCACGGGCCAAGGCCAUCCCGGAGAUCUACCUCACGCGCCUGCUGUCCAUGAAGGGCACGCUGCAGAAGUUUGUGGAUGACGCCUUCCAAGCCAUCCUCAGCGUGAAUCGGCCCGUGCCCAUCGCCGUCAAGUACUUGUUUGACUUCCUGGAUGAGCUGGCGGAGAAGCACAGCAUUGAGGACCCGGAGACCUUGCACAUCUGGAAGACGAACAGCCUGUUGCUGCGGUUCUGGGUGAACACCUUGAAGAACCCGCAGCUCAUCUUUGACGUGCGGGUGUCAGACAAUGUGGACGCAGUCCUCGCCGUCAUCGCCCAGACCUUCAUGGACUCCUGCACAGUCUCGGAGCAUAAAGUGGGCCGGGAUUCCCCAGUGAACAAACUGCUCUACGCCCGGGAGAUCCCUCGCUACAAGCAGAUGGUAGAGAGAUACUACUCUGAUAUUCGCCAGAGCCCUCCAGCGAGCUACCAGGAGAUGAAUUCAGCUCUGACUGAGCUCUCGGGGAAUUACACCUCGGCUCCCCACUGCCUGCAAGCUCUGCAAGAACUCUACACCCACAUCCACAGGUACUAUGACCAGAUCAUUGGUGCCCUGGAGGAGGAUCCUGUGGGCCAGAAGAUGCAACUGGCCUGCCGCCUGCAGCAGAUUGCCGCGCUGGUGGAGAACAAGGUGACCGAACUGUGAGUCAGGCGGCAGCAGGACCCACCAUCUCCGCGCCUUCCCGCACUCGACCCAGGAUGGAGCCCUGGAUGGAGCCCGUAACCGAGGCGUAGUCUGCACAGAGUGGGAGGGCCUCCCCCUCUCCCUCCUUGCCACGCUGCUGGGGGGCUUCUUUCUAAUUUAUAGCAAUCCUUCCCCCUCCCUCACUGUAUUUAUGUGCUUGCUGGAGGAUCACAUCUGGAAA